AUGACUACGUUAUUCACAACACUGGAGAUUGCACUCGCCCACACCACACGCCAUGGCCCGUCCGAGCCAGAUGUGACAAUAUCCCGAGAAUGCCGUCUGGAGUCCUGGGCGGCAUCCUUCUACCCGGGCAGCGACCAUUACAUCAUCCCCUUCGACGUAGUGGUAGCAGAUGAUGACGAACCACUGCGGUUCCCUCGCCCUCGUGCCCCCAUUUAUGCAUGGAGGAAGUCGAUUUGGUCCCGCUUUAGAGAAAUGCCAAACGCACAGUGCAAUAAACGCCUUAAAGAGAAACUGAACGUUCACAAGAGAGAACGACUACUGACCUCCGCCAUCCGUAUCGCAAUAGCUGUGGCGGUUCCACGCGGGGGUCGAGAUACUACUCCUUUUUGGACUCCAUAA